AUGGCGGCACCGCCACCGCCCCGGAUGUGGCGCCCCCUGGCGGUCGGCCCGCCCGGCAGGCUCUGCGGGCGGACCGGCCUUGGCGGCGGCUGUCGAGCCAGCGGCGCUGGCGGGGCCCGGCCGCGAGGGGGCGCCAGCGGCUUCCGGCGGCAGCGGCGGGCGGUGCGGCCGCAUCCGCCUCGCUGCCGCCGCGCGACCAGUCCCCGCGCGCCGCAGGGGGCGAUGGCGCCGCCGCUGUCUCUGCCCUUGUCCCUGUCCCUGUCCCUGUCCCUGCCCGCGGCGGCGCUGGAGACCCUCGCCACCCUCCUGCUCGUCCUGAUUUGUGCAAUAGCUUACAUAACUCCCAAAAAAAUACCAACCCUUCACCGACGCAAAGAAGAGAAAUUCUUCGUAAGCGCUGAAGGCAGGAAAGAACCUGUACGAAGUAUACAUGAUCCCCCUACAAGGGACUCUGUUGUGAUGCCUUCACAUGAUGACAAAGACUGGUUACCUCUUAUGAUGGAUGAAGCUUUGGAUUAUCUAGAAAAAAGACAGAAGCGAGACUUAUGAAGUCAUAGUGGCUAAUGAUGGCAGUAAAGAUCAAACUACAAAGACUCCAGCGAACACUGGCAAUGCAUUUGUGCUGACUGAAGUGGUUAUACCUCUGUGCUGUUAAUUUAUUUUGUUUUAAAAGGGCGUUUGACAUGGAACUUCUUUAUGUAGCCCAGCGCUUGAAAAUACCUAUAGCAGAAGUUGCUGUUAACUGGACUGAAAUAGAAGAAUUCUCAGCUAUUAAGGCCUCCUCUGAGGCACCAUCUCUUCUGAAGAUGUGAUGUUCUUUCAGACCCAUAGGGAGGUCUCUGACACUGGGUUACUGGAAAGUAUAGCUCCAUGCAUAUUUUGUCAUAGCAAAGCCAGCUGAAGAGGUACUGCUUGCUUCUGCUCACUUACCUCCCAUCAAAUGCAGUUCCUCCAUUUUUUUUUACCCUUUUUGUGGUUUUGUCUUUUCUCAAUCUGAAUCUCUUCCCCUCAACACAACUCCUGAACAACAGAUAGUGCAAUGAACUGCAGUGAUGAUGAAGGGUGCAAGUAGAGAACAUCCUGAGACAGCUUUGCUAGAAAGGUAAAGCUUCCUUUCGAUGCAGUUCCACACGUGCAUUACACCUAUCACAAAUGUUAGCAGAGAUGGAAGAAAGCUUCGUUUCGUGGUGUAGGUUCCUUACUUGCCUGAAGAUUGGCACAUUCAUAUUACUGCUGUAAGAUAAGGUGGUGGUGCUCUUCUCCAAAGUUGAUAAAAAGAUCAUUUGACUAAUUAUUGGUGUUCAGGUUCCUCUUUACUCCUGUCAUGGACUGUGCAUCUUGUCACAUACAUGGAAUUACUGUGCUGCUUACAAACUGGAGUCUCCCACCUGCGGCAUAAUGUAAUUACUAUAAAGCCAUAACUUUCAAAAUAUAAAUUUUUAUUAAUAUUAAGAUCUAGGUUGUGUGACUGAGUGUGCUGAAAAUGCAGAGUUUCAAGACUGCUUAGGUGUGUGUCUUGCCAGUGCUCAUUUUUUUCUAAUAAUGUCCUGAUUUUCUUCUUCAUUAAUCACAGGUUCUAAGUUAGUAGAAGUUUGGAGCUGGCUGCAGAUGGGCAGGGAUCUUCUUUUUAUACGACUGCGAUAUAUGACUGGUGCCUGGCAGCUGGAAAGAAGAAAAUAUAAUUAGGUUAUUUACAUUUUCCAAAUAUAUUAUUAUAUUUAAUGGAACAUGAGAACAGUUUCAAUCAAGUGAAGUAGUGAUGAAAGCUGAGGUAAUUUGUCAUUGCUCCUCCUCUUGUAUGUUUCAUUUUUGCAGCAUGUGUGUGUUUUGUAAGAUUGCUGGCAGGGAAUUUGUACAUUUUUAAAAGAGAAAGCAUUUCAAAAAAGAUUUUCUUACCUAGUAAUCAGUUUUUAUUUUAUUAAAUAGUAGCUUUAACAUGUCUUAUAAAUUAAUUCAAAUAAAUAUAUCUGCUUUUGUCUCAUCACACUUCUGGAAUUUCCAUACACGUAUUAAAAAGAGGCACUCUAUUCUACAUUGUGCAAUGUUGUGUCAUGAAUGACCUCAACCAUUUGUUUCUGUGAUAUCUGGAAAUUUUAGGCCAUAUUGCAACUUGAAAUUAUCAUUCAUGGUUCACACUGAUGCAUGUUUAGAUUCAAUGUUAUGGGAAACAUUAAUGGAUUUUACUGAGUUAUAACAGCAACGUUCUUAAGGUUGUUCUCAGGACUUUUCAGUAGUCUCUUAAAAUUCCAAAUGUUUUUGUCUGAAGCUGAAAUAGUUUUCCUGAGAUCAAACUGCAGAUCAUGUGCAGACUGUAGAAGGUCCAAGACCAAGCACAUUUAGUUUUAAAAUGUUGUCUUUUAUAAAUGUGUUUUGUUUGUGUGUACUAAUUAUUCCUGCCUACUCAAGACUAGAAGUCCUUGACAUCUACAGGUCUGAAGUGAAGAGGGUAUGGAAAGCUAGUUCAGAGCAUGCAAAAAUGAGACCCAGUGUACACUGGGGGGGCUGUGCAUUAGCAAUGCCAAUCUGAUGUUGUCACACUUAAAAUGAGAUCAGAGAGGGAGGGAGGGGUCUUGAGUCUUUCAUAGUAAUGUCAUACUAUGUUACAGUACAGUAACCUAGUUUCAUUUGUGCUUUCAAAAUAGUUGUGGAUUGCCAACAAACUAAGCCAGUCUGUCUUUCAGAAACAUGUACAAAUUUCAACAUGUAAAGAAUGAAUGGUAUAUGGUUGUACUUUGACAUGGAAAUUCACUGGUGAUUUUUCUUAUUCUUUCUGUAAUAUUGACUUGAAUUUUGUUCCUGUUAGGGUUACCGCAGUUUUCUAUCAAGUGCUGAAAUAAAUUCUCAAAAAAUAUA